UUCCUUUGUGUGGUCAACUCAAGGACAUCCUAGAAAUUUUUUCCUGACCUCUCAGAAAUUGUUCUCUCAUUUUUCUGUUUAGUAUUCUAAACCUCACAUUGUAUCUCCCUGAAUGCUAACAUCCGUUUUUCAUCUUUCAUAGUCCAAUAGCCUUGGGAAACUUAUUUUCCCAGGCAGCUUCCCAUUGCAUUCUUUUUUUCCAAAAUGCGGGGUUCCGGCUGCUUUUUUCUUUCUGUUUUCCUUCUCCAUUCCUUUUUAUCUCCAUUUUCUUCUGCGGUUUCUGAUGCCGAAGCGUCAUUGAUCGCACGGCGACAGCUCGCUAACCUCCCUGAAAAUGGCGAUUUACCCGAUAAUUUUGAGUUUCAAAUAGAUGUUCAACUAGAAUUUGAAAAUCCUAGGCUUCGACAAGCCUAUGUUGCACUACAGGCCUGGAAGAAUGCAAUUUACUCUGACCCUACGAAUUUUACGAGCAAUUGGGAAGGGCCGGAUGUUUGUAAAUACAACGGCGUGUUCUGCGCGCCAGCCCCCGAUGAUCCCAAAACAACUGUUGUAGCCGGCAUUGAUCUUAACCAUGCUGAUAUCGCAGGCUACCUUCCUGUCGAAUUGGGAUUGUUGACAGAUGUGGCUCUUAUUCAUCUGAAUUCAAAUCGGUUCUGCGGGAUUGUUCCCAAGAGUUUGUACAAGCUGAAACUGUUGCAUGAGUUUGAUAUCAGCAACAACAGGUUUGUUGGGCCAUUCCCAGAAGUUGUCAUUUCUAUCCCUAAUCUCAAGUUUUUGGACAUCAGGUUCAACAACUUUGAAGGGGAGUUGCCUCCUGAGAUUUUCGACAAGGAUCUUGAUGGAUUGUUCCUAAACAACAACUGGUUCGAUUCGUACAUUCCUGAAAACCUAGGGAAAUCGCCUGUUUCGGUUCUGGUUAUCGCCAACAACAAAUUCAAAGGCUGCAUUCCAAGUAGCAUAGGCAACAUGUCAAAUACAUUGGACGAAAUCAUCUUCUUGAAGAACAAACUUUCUGGAUGUUUGCCACCCGAAAUUGGACAACUCAAAAACACAACAGUGUUUGAUGUUUCAUUCAAUUCAUUCUCUGGCCUCUUGCCUAAGACAUUCAGCGGCUUGCAAAGCAUUGAAGCCUUCGAUAUUUCCCAUAACAAGUUAACAGGGUUCGUUUCGAAUGCCAUUUGCAAAUUGCCAAAUUUGUCAAAUCUCUCAUUUGCAUUCAACUAUUUCAAUGGAGAAGAUCAAUCUUGCGUGCCGACAUCAAGGAAAGACAUCGCAUUGGACGAUACAAGCAAUUGUUUGCCAGACAGACCGAAACAGAAAUCUCAGAAAGAAUGCAUUCCUGUGAUUAGCAAACCAGUUGAUUGCAGCAAGGCAAAAUGUGGUUCAUCAGGUCCACCUCAUGGAGAAAACCCUGGUGGAAGGCCAAGGUCACCAAAAACACCAUCACCAAGACCACAGCCACCAAAACCAAGGCCUAAUCCUCCUUCAGUAGCAAAACCACCACAGAAAGCAACACCGCAACCUCCAAAAUCGGCACCUAAUCCUCCACCAGUUGCAAAGCCUCCGACUUCACCUGAGACACCAGCACCUCCCAAAUCGAAGCCUAAUCCGCCACCAGUGGCAAAACCACCUACUCCAUCUCAAACACCAACACCUCCCAAAUCGGUGCCUAAUCCGCCACCAGUAGCAAAGCCACCGACAUCCUCAUCUCCAGUGUCUGGUUCUUCCCCACCACCACAAGUUUCUUCCCCUCCCCCUCCAGCUUAUUCUCCUCUGCCACCACCAGUAACAAAACCACCAACUUCCUCCCCAAAACCACAGCCUCCGAAACCAGAACCAAAGCCCCCAAAAUCAUCUUCAUCUGUUUCUCAAGCUUCUCCGCCACGAUCAUCCCACAACCCACCACCUCCAACAUUUUCUCCCCCGCCAACUCCUGAAACAAAACCACCAAAAUCAUCUUCACCUGUUUCUAAUUCUUCUCCUCCAAAACCAUCCCGUAAUCCAUCACCUCCAACAUUUUCUCCUCCGCAGACACCUGUAACAAAUCCACCAACCAACUCUCCUAACCCGCAACCUCCAUCAUCAGAAGAACCUAAACCACCAAAAUCAUCUUCACCAGUUAUUAAUUCUUCCCCGCCACAAUCAAAAACCCCCAAUCCACCACCACCAAAUCACCCAUCUCCUCCUCCACCAGUGCAUUCACCACCGCCUCCCGUAGUCCAUUCUCCUCCGCCGCCAGUUUUUUCUCCUCCACCUCCAGUAUUCUCCCCACCACCACCGGUCCACUCCCCGCCACCACCAGUUCUCUCUCCGCCACCACCACCACCAGUCCACUCUCCGCCGCCACCAGUUCACUCUCCGCCACCACCAGUCUUUUCUCCACCACCACCGCCGCCGGUCCAAUCUCCGCCACCGCCGGUUCAAUCUCCACCACCUCCACCAGCACCAGUUUCGUCACCACCACCACCUCCAACAUUUGAGGAUGUAAUACUUCCACCAACGUUGGGAGCGAUCUAUGCAUCACCUCCACCACCAAUCUUCCAAGGAUAUUAAUUAAUUAUUUAAAAAAGUAGUGGGCUAGUUUUUUUCUUUUUAAAUUAAAGUUAACACCAUUUUAUUUUCUUGUUUUCAUUUUUGUUAGUUCAUAGUCAUUUUAGUGGCAACUUACAGAAAUUAUAAAUAAGAAAAAGCAUUGAUCUGUGGAUGCUCCACUUAACCAGAAAAAGCAGCAUCAGAAAAUAUCCUUCAGUUUCUGCUUCUAAACUGUAAAAUUUGGUAACCUUAUGUCCUGUAGCCUAAUUCACAAAAAAAAAGGUUAGCCCAAAUAAGAUAGUAUAGAAAAUAGAUUCCAUAUUGGUUCACCAAUUUCAUCUGAUCGCUGUUUCUACAAUAGAAUACAAAACAUAUUGUGGGAUUCGUUGUCAGCAUGUCAUGCCGAUUCCCUCCAUCAACUCCAAAAUGUCCUCCUUUCCUUCGUAUCUAAGAAUGAUGUGGGCUAAUUAAAAGUCAAAUUGUUACAUGAUCAAUUAAACUUUGAUAGUUAAUUGUAUAGGGCGGGCCGGCCGACCAAUUGUCCAAUUCAGUUCAAG